AUGCGGCCGCAGCCUGUGCCUCUGGUGGUAAGCGUAGAGGAUGUGGCUCCCGGUGGGAAGCCCGCGAUGACGCGGAGAGACCCCCAGCGCGACUGGUCCCAGGGCUUUCCGCCCCCGAAGCCGCGGAAGGGCGGCUUCGACAUGAAAAUCCGAAGCCCCGUCGGCGGGGCCGUGCCGCGAUUGAACUCGCUUCUGGUGCCCGGUGAGGGUUCCAUCACCUCGCCCUACGACGACCCGAACAGUCCGCUGCCUUUCGAGCCCAUCGAAAAGGACCAGCCCAUGAAGCCCUGGAAGGUGCUUCGCAGCCACAACGGCAACCUGCCCGUGUACACCCGGUACCGAAAAGCGGGGGCCGAGGUGCUCACAGUCGUGCACCAUUUCUUCGGUGACAUCGAGGCGAUGCGCAAGGAGCUGAUGCAGGUUUGUGAAGCUCCUGUGCGGGUUCGCGCGGGUCAUUUCGAAGUGCGAGGCCUUCAUGUUUGGAAGAUCAAAGAGUGGUUGGUGAAGCUUAGCUGCAAGCUGAAACCGGGUCACGGCGUCAACCGUGACCGCGGGGCCCGCGCUGGCCGGGGCGUCGCGGCUCUCCGUCGGGGAGCCGAUCGCCACCUGGACCGUCUCGAGCAGUGGCUGGAAAGGCGCCGUCAGGCCCGGUGCUACAAAGCGCUGGAUGUGGAGCUCAGGCGUGCAGCGAGAGCUGCGGAAAUCCUGGAUUCAGUAGGAGUCCAAGAAUUCUUGAUCGGCCCGUCCUCGAGGACCGUGGAGAGCUGCGAGGCAUUGUGUUUCGAGGACGAGGAGGCAGAACUGGCUUGGCCGAGGGGUGUGGCCAUCGCAUCAAGUGGUGUAGGUGAUACUGCAGUCUGCCUCCUCUACAAUCUCUUCAGUGCUAACCAGGGGUGGGGAUCCGAUAAAAUGGCGCCUCGGAUUGGGCACAGCAAGAUCGACAUGCUGGAGGGCGAGGUGGCAGCGUUGGUCUUCGAGCACCUGCCCCUUCGCGCCGUCCAGGCAUUGAAGUGUGCGUGGCGAGGUGUGGCCAUGCUGCUUCCGCAGUGCCUGAAAGGCGGGGCUUCUCUGUGGGACUGGGCGUGUGCUGCCCGCCAGCCGUUUCAGCUCUUCCGAGCGAUGGACGGGGAGCUUUGCAAUUGCCUGCAGACGGUCCGGGCGGACCCACGAUAUUCUUUCCACGUUCAGUACUGGUCUGUGCCCCAUUUCCUCGGGAACACAGAGAACGACCGUGGACUGCUGUGGUUUGUGGGCAGUUUGCGUGGCUGGAGGCCUGGGCAGAAGGAGUGGAACCAGGCCACCAUCGCGGCCGACACUGUGCCAGUUUUCAGCAUCCAUUUCUUUCCUCGGCAAGACGACCCCAGCGUCCACCCGAGCUGCACAAAGCCGUCUCGGACACCAGAAACCGAGGACGGAUCACAGGAAGUUGCUUUCUACGACAGCGGCAUUAACGACCUCGUGGCCGUGCGUGCUUGCGACCCGAGCCUGCUAAUGAAGCGUUGUGGCGCUGCAUCUGCCAUGGCCACAAGCCCGGUGAUGACUUGGCUCCUGCUCGUCCACUGGAAGCUGCUUCUCGGGCAGGCUGCUUACUGCGUGGCGGGCACCUUCCUGCCCUCUGGGGAGUUCUGUUUGACGAGCGCCACGUUUGGUGGUAGCGACGAUGAACUCCCUGUGCUGGAGCUCGUGGUGGUCAGCUGCGGCACCUGGGCGCCCAUGGCCUCACUUCUGGAGGAGCUGUGGGCGGAAGCCGCCUGGCCCUCCCCAGAGGAGGGCCUUCCGGACUGCCUGAACUUGGCUCCUGAAGACGUCGACAACGACACGCGGAGCCCAUCCGACAUGCAUCAGAUCUGUGGAGUGCAGCGGUUCCAGAAGGCCCUGUACCUCCGAGCUCUGGCGGCGCUUCCCUGCGAGGCCCCGGGUCCUGAGCUCUUCUUCGGCACGAAGACUGGCACGGCCCAGGGUCGCAGCUGGAAGGUAAGGCGCCUGGCUGCUCCCGGCACCGAGCUGGAGGAGAUCCCGAGCGUCGACUUGCGGCAGAUGCUGGAGGAGCAGGCCGUGGAGGACGCCCGGCAGGCUUUCAAGGAGGCCGCGACCCCGGAAGGCUACGCAAGGCUCCUGAGGCUGUCCUUCGCGAAUGCACGGAAGCUCGCCGGCCUCCUCGACGCCGUGGACUAG